CGCAUGUCGAUUCGCCAGAUGAACCGUACAUGGCCAACGGAAGUGGCCACUGGGGCUCAACUCCCUCGAAGAUGCCGUCUCCGUCCCACGAGAGAAAAAUCAUCUCCCCUGACAAUACCCUCUAUGCCGGCCAUACACCCAUGCCACCUCGCACUUACCCUACCCCCACCGCCUCGUCCUUGGACGAGGAGAAGCGAGAAUCGGCCCCGUCGGACAACCCGACAACAAACGGCGAUCUGCGACAAGACGAAUCACAUCCCACAGACGGCCCGACGGAUGAACAAAGAGAAUUCGACUCCAUCAUCGAGAGCGAGGGAUUCAGCAUGGUUUCUUUGGACACGUUACCCUCGGCAAAGCAACAUGGCCUUGAGGGGAAUGGGGAUUCCAAGAUUGGUAAAAGCGCUCUCAGGCGCGUCUGGAAUCAAGAUACCAUUGGGUCUCUACAACGAAAGACUAGCAAACAAGAAUCAGAUGCCGGAUCAAAUCCACGAUCUAGGCAGUCGUCAAAGGAGCUACGAACGAGGCAGUCAUCGAAGGAGCCACGAACGAGGCACUCUCGACAAUCUAGUCACAAGCCAGGAUCAUCAAGUGGCAAGCCCAAGCCAGCCAAGAGCCUAUCGCCGCCUGCAACGUCAGCGCCCAAGUCUACGAUCCAGAAAGGCCCAUUAUCUAGACUGGCGAGAAUGAUCCGCUUGGGUGUUGCACUCGAGGGUACCAUGAGGCAUGCAUACGAGUCGCCAGGCAUCAUGGCGACCCCGCAUAUUCCGAAUUCGGGUGACCAGGUCUCCGAUAUGAACGCAUCUCGAAAGCGCAUGGAGAUCCUUUUCAGCAGCUUCAAUCCCGAAAUGCAUCAUGAACUCCGUGGCGCCCUUCGAUUCGGACAUGAGCUGGCCAGGAGGAAAAGGCAAGCGGAGAAGGAAACAGCCAGACCUCGGAAGGCCACGAAAUCGCCGACGAUGGACACACCGCGAGCAAAGGGACGAGACUCUGCACAACCUUCUGCGACCCCGCUACAGCAAAUAAACAGCAACAGAAGACCUCAGUCACCGAGCACUAUGAUGAAACGACGAAUGGAAGAAUGGCAGAAGGAGCGGGAGGCGAUCAGUCGGGAGAUUCAAAUGGCCAACACGAGCCAAGUCAUAGUCAUCGAUAGUGACGAUGGUGGGUCUCGGGGCCCUGAUAGUGAGUAUGAUGCACGCGAGCCAUCGGUCGAGCAAGAGCAGGACCAGGAGCCCGAGUUCGAUCGGGCCGCGCCUUUUGAGGCACUCGCGGAUCCAGCGGAUGAUUUUUCUGACGAUGGUGUUGAUGCCGUGGAUCAAAAUCACUAUGACGACCAGCUCAAUGGCCAUUACCAAGACCAAAGUCCAGGCAGGUAUCAAGAUGAAUACCAGUUUCAGGAUCAAGACCACGAUCAGUAUCAUCAAGAUCCGAAUCAAGAAGAGGAUCUACAUGAGCAUCAUGAACCUGAAUCUGAGCAUCCGCACCAGAGCCCGUCUCAGGGCCUGGAUAUAAUGGAUGAUCAAUAUUACCGGGACCUGGAUCUGGGAGUUGAUAACGAUGACUAUGACCAUUAUCGGGAGCUUGAUCUAGGUCCGGAUUCCAAUGACGAGUCUGAUCGGGGUUUUGAUCUGGCACGGGGCACAAAUGAGGAUCAGUAUCGGGAUCCAGGCCAAGACCAGGAUGUAAAUGACGUUCAAUACCCUGACCUGGCUCAGGAUCAGGACGGGCACGAGGACCAACAUCAAGAUCAAGAUCAAUAUGGUGGUUCUGAAGAAGAUGAUGACGAUGAAGACAUCUGGCAGCAAGAAGCACAUAACCAGAGCGCCCAUUCUCACCGUUCGCCUGCCACAUACGGCAAGCAAAAUGACAUGGCUGCUGGCCAGGGAUCUAGUCCGUGGAAAAAUGACCUGACCACUACACCGGGGGAGCAAGGCGAAUCGUCGCCGGACUACUGGAUCACUAAACGUGAAAAAGUACCCUUUCUCGGCCAGUCGCGAGUGAGACAACUGCGUGAGCAGGACGUCGAUCUUUCAAAUCUUUAUCGCGCAGAGAAUACCCCAAGACGGUCGCGCUAUUAUCAAGGGACGAGCAGUCCUAUGAGCGCUGCCAAACGCAGACCUGCACAGAGCUCCCCAUCGACCAAAGCGUCCCAACAUGACGACGAUGUCCAUGGAUACGUACCCGAAAACGAGCUCCAGUCGGAUGGCUUUCUGGCGUCUAGUCCUAGGUUGUCCGACGACGAGGCUUUCCAAGUUGACCCAACCACAAGACAUGAGAACGCUUGGCAACUCGCUCUCGCGCAACGAGACGAACGUGGAAACGAGGGUAUUCCCGAUGCCGCCGUAACCGACCAACCGUCAGCUCACGAGACACAUGGCAUCACUCCGGAGCGUCCACCCGCUAGUGCUGAGUUACCGGCAUCAUCCUUGUUUCGAAGAAUCGCUAGUCUCACGCCCGGAUGGCUGAAAGCACCAAUAAGGAGAUCGCCAAAGCGACCUAGUCCCCCUGUACGUGAAGAGAGUUCCGAAGACGAGGAACCGGAGCAGGCCGAAGAGGCAGAGGCGGCAGCAGUAGCGCCCGAAGACAAGGAGGAGGAUGAGGAGGAAGAAGACGAGGAGCUUCCUGUUGAACCAGCGUCAUUCGCUGGUGAAGUUGACGAUGAACCUGACGGGGAAAUCCAAGACAACCAAGAAAUGGAAGAGACGCCAAGACCGCCGUAUCAAGUUGCCAGGGCAAGUCAUGAACGACACAGCUCUGCCACGCCUCGCCCUGGCCAGAUGCUUGACCACGAACAUGCAUCUCCAGACGUGGGUACGAAGGGUGACACAUACGAACGUCCGUUUCCAUUGGCUGUCUCUGGGUAUUUUUCCGACGAUCACUACGCGUUUCUGCGUCGUCUCUAUCGCCUCGCGAAAAGUUAUCCCGAGCGGUUUCCCUACCACUCCUCUGCCCAGCGUACUGGAAUUAUAGGUGACUGGAUCUGGACUUCAGACGGGGUGCACGGGGUUCCUAUCACCGAGCGCCAGUUUGCGAUCAUCGACCGAUUCGUGCAAGAGCUGGCCAAGGCCGACUUACAGGCUGGCGGCACCGGCCAAGUCGGCUGGACGGAAGCCGAUGUGCACCGAAGACUGAUCAGUAUCAUUAUUGGUGAAGAGAUCCGAAAAGAGAGGAAGGCCGGGAUGCAUAAAGGACCGUGGGGAGCAGAGUCUUCGAGAAGCAGGGCCACGGCGACCAGAUCGUGGCGCUGACUGAUCGGACUGCACUAGUCACCUUUGGUUUUGCUUUUUUGUUGAACUUGGUCUUCCAACCCCAGCUUCCUCUUUGGUGCGAGAAACUCGAGUCUACUGGUCCUGUUUUGGCACAGACCCAGUGUGGCUUACUUUUACUAUUGAGUGUUCCAUGUUCGCGGGUCAUCGCGGGCUGAUGAACCCAAUAGACGGGAUCCUGCUGGUUGGGUUGGCGAGUCCCACAGUCUGGUCUCUUAAUAUUUUGGCAGCUUUGUAUAGAUUUGGCUAUUGUUAUCUGAUGUAUGAUUCCCCUUGGGUUUUCAUUUUUGGGUCAGGGUGUUCUAGGAAUUGAUUGGGUGUUUAUGAGUCAGCGGCGAGAGGAAUUAUUCAUGUUUAUACUAGUCUUCCUGAGUGGACCGCCACUGCAUCACUGGUUCAUGCAGCAAAU